GCCGGCCCAGAGGAGCGGCACCCCACCCAGCCACUCUCAAGUCUGGGUGUUAGAGCUGCUCAUGUCAAAACUUUCCGGGAGCCAGUGCUUUCUCAAGUCCAACUUAUAAGAAUUUUGGUAAUAAGUAUCUGAAUGCGUUGAUGAGCUGGCAUCCCUAGGACUGUAAAGUGCACAACGGCCUAGCCAUGGCCUUCUUCUUCCACAGGAUGCUGCUGUCCAGGAAGGCCCGGCUCCUGGUGAUUCUGGGUUCCCAGAUGGUGCUCUUUGGGCUCUUCUUCCACAUGUCUGGCCACAACUUCUUGUCCAGGAAGCAGGAGCCCAAGCCCAAGCAUGUGCUUGUCCUGUCUUCCUGGCGCUCGGGCUCUUCCUUUGUGGGGCAGCUUUUCAGUCAGCACCCUGAUGUCUUCUACCUGAUGGAACCAGCCUGGCACGUGUGGAUGACCUUCACCCACAGUACGGCCCAGAGGCUUCAGAUGGCUGUACGAGAUUUGCUGCGGUCCAUCUUUCUGUGUGACAUGAGCGUCUUUGAUGCCUACAUGAAUCCCGGCCCUCGGAAACAGUCCAGCCUCUUCCAGUGGGAGCAGAGCCGGGCCCUGUGUUCACCACCCGCCUGUGACGUCUUUCCUGGAGACAUGAUCAUCUCACCUGUGCACUGCAAGGCCCUGUGCAGCCGGCAGCCCUUCGAGAUGGUAGAGAAGGCCUGCCGCUCUCACAGCUACGUGGUGGUCAAGGAGGUGCGAUUCUUCAGCCUGCAGGCCCUCUACCCACUGCUCACAGACCCUUCUCUUGACCUGCACAUUGUGCACCUGGUCCGGGAUCCCCGGGCUGUGUUCAGAUCCCGGGAACACACCACUGCAGAGCUCAUGAUUGACAGUCACAUUGUGUUGGGGCAGCACACGCUCAAGGAGAAGGACCAGCCCUAUGCUGCCAUGCAGAUAAUCUGCAAAGGCCAGAAGGACAUAAUCAAAGCCAUCCAGGCCUUGCCCAAAGCCCUGCAGAGGAGAUACGUGCUCAUGCGUUAUGAGGACCUGGUCCGAGACCCCUUGGCCCAGACUUCCCAGAUGUAUGAAUAUGUGGGGUUGAAAUUCUUGCCCCAUCUCCAGACUUGGGUGUAUAACCUCACCCGUGGCAAGGGUAUGGGUGGGCAUGCUUUCCACACAAAUGCCAGGGAUGCCCUCAAUGUCUCCCAGGCUUGGCGCUGGUCCUUGCCUUAUGAAAAGGUUUCACAACUUCAGCAAGUCUGUGGUGAUGCUAUGGAUUUGCUGGGCUAUAUCCAGGUCAGAUCCCAGCAAGAGCAGGUCAACCUAUCACUGGAUCUUCUGUCUUCCUCCAAUGCCUUGGAACAUGUUUACCAAGAUGGUUGAGGGGGCUCUGUUGUCAUCUGGCUCCAGCCUCCACCAUGUCCACUGAAUGCUUCUGAGCCUUCACUGUGUCUGUAGAUACCCACACUUGCUAAGCGCCCAUUAUGCCCACACAGCCUCAAGUAGAGGGAUCUUUAUGCCUGUAUGCCUAUUAUACUUCAUCUUCACCCAAAGGCCAAGAAGCAAUUAUGUCUCUACAGAAACGACUCAGGAGCCCUAUGAGCAGCACAUUUCCCACAUGAAACAGGGGCACUGCCUUUCUUCUCUUCUGGACUUUCUUACCUGCAUAAGCUUUGAGACUCUAUGGCCUGAAGGCCUACUGGACACCAAGCAGUAUCUAUGGAAUAAGUCUGUAUAUAAACCUCCUUGUCCACAUCUUGCCCAAUGAGAAAGUAGAGAAAGAAAUUAAAAAAAAAAAAAAAAAAAACAUAGCCAGGCAUGGUGUCACACACUUUUAAUCCCAGCACUCAGGAG